UAUUUAGCCCAAAAGGCCUCAAAUCCUGCAAGAACUUUAUCCAAUAAAAAGAUCCUGCGAAAAUCACCACUGCUCGUCUGUGCUGCCGGUAGGCGCCACGCCACCGUCGCCAUGGCCGCCCCCGUCUCCGCUUCCCUCCUGCCUCUCGCGAGGAGCGCACCUUCUUUCACUGGUCCGCAUUACAAGAAUAAGAGAAGGAUUCCGAUGGUGCGGGUCUGCUGUGCUGCCGACGACGACGAAGAGGAAGUCAAUGAUUUGGGAGUCAAGGUGGCACUAUCGAUGCUAAAAUUCUACAAAAGAGAGAUAUCACCCUUGCUGCCUUCAAGCUGCCGUUAUGUGCCAACAUGCAGUGAGUACUCUAUGCAGGCGUACAAAAGAUAUGGUGUUGCGAAGGGUACAAUCUUGACAGCAUGGCGUCUGUGCCGUUGUAAUCCUCUUGGUGGACAGGGAUAUGAUCCUCCCAGGUGGUUUGGGGAGGGAGAGUUACCUGAGGAAUGAUGGCUGGUAAUUACUAGAAACACUGCACAUAUGUUGGAAUGCCUCACAAGAUAUCAUCUCAUCGCAACUUAAUAAAGGAGGUUACUGGGGAGCACUACUGCUUGUGCUAGUUUCAAGGGAAAAUGUAUUUUGUUGACUAUGCUGUCAGUUAUGCCAUGACACAAAGAUGAUUGGUUCCUGAGAUUUCUAUGCAGAAGAUGGUUGUGGUAAACGGUAAGUGGAUUGUACAGUUUCCAUGGACCACUAAAUCACUUCUGUAGGAAAGCUAUUCUGCUGGUUUAAAGUUGUGGAUUUGUAUGCCCACAAAUCACUUUGGUUUAGCUCAUGGAUUGUGCAGUUUAGUUUAUAAUUUCUAUGAACAAAGAUCUAGUUGUCAA